AUGCGUAAACUCCUUCAAAUCCACAAACCUAGGAUUCUUGUUCUCUUGGAAACGAAAGUCAUAUUCAGUUCCAUGGGAAAUUUCUUUAGUAACAUGGGUUUCUCCGCAGCUACCAUUGUUGACCCAGUGGGACGAUCAGGUGGAAUUUGGUUAAUCUGGGACACUGACCAAGCUAACGUUUGUGCAUCCGCUGUUACUAAUCAGUACAUACAAGCCACGGUUCAUAAAGAGGACUACGAGGAAUGGGCUUUCAACGCGGUGUAUGCCAGCCCUAACCCCUCUCUGAGGGAGGCUCUUUGGGAGGAGCUGGAAGACACAGCGAGGAACUUAAACAAGCCUUGGCUUAUAGCCGGAGAUUUCAAUAACUAUGCUAACCAGAGUGAGAUAAGGAGCUUCUCACACACCCCUAAUCAGAAUAGAACCCUGAGGUUUAUGGAAAGGAUCAAUAAUUGCAAUCUCACUGAUUUAGGAAGUGUUGGUCCCCGUCUCACAUAG